GCUCUCUCGCCCCGCUCCCCACCGCCGCCAGCGUAGGUGGUCAAGAUGGCGGCCGGAGUGCUGCUGAGGGGGAGCGGGGGCCGCCUCCGCUGCGGCCCCUUCCCGGCACCGGGGGCCACUUUCCGUCUUAUCUACCUCAGGGGCCUUGCCUUAUCACAUAACCAAUCUGGAGAAGAUAGUUGGCUAAAAUCACUGUUUGUCCGCAAGGUUGAUCCCAGGAAAGAUGCUCACUCCAACCUCUUAGCCAAAAAGGAGACUAGCAGCCUUUAUAAAUUGCAGUUUCACAAUGUCAAACCGGAAUGUCUAGACUCCUACAACAAACUUUGUGAAAAAGUUCUGCCAAAGAUCCAUGAAGGGAAGGAGUAUCCAUGUACAUUGGUGGGGACGUGGAACACGUGGUACGGAGAGCAGGAUCAGGCUGUACAUCUCUGGCGGUAUGAGGGUGGCUAUCCAGCCCUUACAGAAGUCAUGAGUAAACUUAGAAAUGAUAAGGAAUUUACAGAGUUUCGCAAAGCAAGAGGAAAUAUGCUUCUGUCUCGUAAGAAUCAGUUGCUCUUGGAGUUCAGCUUUUGGAAUGAGCCUAUUUCCAGGCCAGGACCCAACAUCUAUGAAUUAAGGUCUUAUCAAUUACGUCCUGGAACAAUGAUUGAAUGGGGCAACUAUUGGGCCCGGGCUAUUCGAAUCCGGCAGGAUGAUAAAGAAGCUGUUGGUGGAUUUUUCUCACAGAUUGGGCAGUUAUACAUGGUCCAUCAUCUUUGGGGUAGGACUAGACUUCAGUGUCUAGGCCAUGUCAGCCAUUCAUUUUUCAAGUGUCACGUGUAUCACCUCAUUUAUUUUUAUUUAUUUUCAGUGCCACUUAUUCAGGAAAUGGAAUCCAGAAUUAUGAUACCCUUGAAGAUUUCUCCACUUCAGUAAAGCUACUGGUCAGCCGAUGCCUAGGCAUUGAUUUAAAGUGACUUUUUGUUGUUGUUGUUUUUAGUUAAUUUUGUUGGCAUGUGUUUGGCAGUGAAAACCUUGACCUCUCAAAGUAUUAUAUACUGAGGCUGGUAAAUCUUUUCUUCGGAUCCUGCAGGAGCACUUACAAAUCCAUAUGGAAGGUUUGCAGGGUGGUCAUUUAAGUCUUAGCUUUCAACCAUAUAACUGCACAAGCAUUUGGACAGGCAGCAAACACUGAUGGAAGCACACAUGCUUCAGUGAUAGUCGCAUGAGCUUUAACCAUUUGAACAUCUGCAUUUUAUUAUGGGGAGACUUGUCAAUUGAGUAUUUUUGCUUUCAUAUCUGCUUAUUCAGCCUAUCGGGCCUUGUGGUACAAAUCAUUGCUGGGGAAAGCCUUCCUCCUUUCUUGCAGUUCUCCAGAUUUGUGCAGAGGGCAAAUGGCAUGGUUGCUUUCUUCUUUCUAGGAAAGGUGUACUGUUACCUCAAGGAUGUUUGUUACCAAUCUCUCCUAAGAGCAAAGGAGCUUCCUGCACUACAAAAUGGUGACCGUAGUAUUUCUAAAAGUCACCAAUGUUCACUCAAAGACACUUGGAAUGUAGAUGUGAAGUUAGAAUAUCAAAAGGAAAAAAAAAUCUUAAGUUUCUUAAUAUAGUUUGAUCUGCAACUACCUGUGCAGUUUGCAUCUGUCAGCCUUUACUCAUAAGUAAGUCCCAUUGUGCUUAGUAAGACCAAUUUCCCCAAAAAGUGAAGCUGUUGUCAAUAGGGGAGAAGUUACAAUUACAGUAAGUCUUCCUGUAUUUUUUACUUUUCUUCUACUUUUACUUUACUUUCUCUCUUGCUUCUUUGUUGGGAACUAUAAACUUAAUUGAAGAGUAAAGGCACUCAUGCUUCUCAUUUGUAAAUACCCCAUCCUGAUUGCUCUGUUUCAAUCAAGAGUCAGUGGCAAAAAGUUUCCCAGAAUGUAUUGUGGACAGCUGUGCAGUUAGAUGAGAUUCAAGCCAGAUGUCUUCAACUUUAGGAUGACAUUCAAUGUGACAUAUCUAGCGAAUUCCCUAAUCUAUAGCAUGAGAAUCAGGUUAAGAAGAAUCAGUGUGUUAAAAUAUUUUACAAACACUCCUAGACUUACACAGUAAAGUAGGAUAUGGACAAGUAUUUUUUUUUUGGAAAAAAAAAACAUUUCAAUCAUUUCUGUGGGAUUCUUUUGUAGAUGGUAGUUCAGAAAAGGUAAUGAAAAGUUUGCCUAUUAAAUUACUUAAAGACAAAUCAAUGUUUCUGCCAUGUAUAAUUGUCUGUUUUUGAUUUUCUUUUAGAAUAGGUGGAUUUUUUUAUAUGUGUGUACAAUGUAGAUACAUUGAACUGAUUAGAUUGUAAGUUGAUGAAUCAGUGUAAUACACUGUUAUCUAUCAUCUAUGAUGUAUCCAACAUUUCAGUGAUUUUUGGCAAAAUAUAAUAAAAUCCUAUUGAUUUUCUCAUA